CAGGUUUAAUUUUAAAUGCGCAUUCCUUGGGGCGGAGGGUAAAAGACGCUGAUUUUUCUCAUCUUUUUACUUUAAAGCGACGUCACAGGGGUGUCAGCCUGGGCCGGACUGCCAGGUUUGUUAGCGAAGAGCACAGAAGAGCGAAGAGCAUCGGCGUGCUUGGCGAGUGAGGCACAAGCGCCGUCUCUGAAGAUCCUUUUGCUUGGCAGCCUCGCGCAACCCAUUGCUGUGAAGAGGACUGACCCCGCGGCGUGGGAUUCCAGUCACCCAGCUAAAAGCGCACGCCUCAACAAAAACUUAACAACAUGCAGCCUUCUUGAUUAUCAUAUUUGCUAUUAUUCUGCGUAUAUCUUGUGUUGAAAUUCGCACUAAAUUGUUUUCAGGGAGGAUCUAGACAUUGUUGUAUGUUUGGAAGUAUUUUUGGAAGAACUCGUGGUAAUCGUCAUUGCACUUUCACAAGCCAUGAUGCGCAUUCAGCGACACUGAUCCUCUGACAGCUAGAUUCCGAGGAGGCAACCACGACUCGUGUGAUGCGCAUCUGUCAGUCUUCUGUGCUUUGUGGAUUUCGCGGCUUAUGGCAUGGGGAUAUUUUAUUAUUUUCUGCUUUCUUUAAGUAUUCGGCGAGCUAGACAACGCGACAGGCUUGGGCUCGGGUUUUAAAAAAUUAAGCGUGACAACCAUUUUCAUAUACGUGUGCUAGAUUUCAAAGUUUUAUGCAAUGGCAGCAUCUGUUCACUAAGCACACGUACAUACAUCUGUGAUAAAAACAGCGGGAGGAGAAUUGUUCUUUGUUCUUCAGAAAAUCUUAGCAGUAAUCAGGAGGUUCAGUUCCUUGCUUUGAUUUUUUGUGAUUAAAAUAUAUUUGUGUUGUACAUUUGAAAAGUGCAACCUAUUUUGCCAGCAUGGUGUUAACGACGUCUGGAGUGACGCCUUUUACAUAUAAUGAUGCUUGAGGGUCGAUAGUACUUGGAAAUAUAUAAAUGUCUCUCUACAUGAAGAAGUGAGCACGACAUUUCAGUGAAAAAUGUGGAUCAAGCAGUUGGUGCAACUCAGUUCAAUGCCUGCUUCAAGACACUGGACAUCUGCUGGAUGCCACAUUUGGAUUAUGCUGACCAUAAUUCACUUUACCAUGGAUUUCUCUUUCUGUAGUCCUCUAACUCAAGGAUCUGGGUUCAAACAUUUCUCUAAGUCUUUGUUCAAACAUAAACUUCCCAGUCACCAUCAGAACUUACAGACAAGACAACAAUGGGGAAUUUUAAAUCAACAUCAAUGGGACAAGGCUUUAAAGGACCCAUCCAUUAAAACUAUUAAGCAAAGAAUGGCACUUAAAGCUUCUCUUUGUAGAGGUUGUCAGGCUAAACAUUCUUCCAAUGAAAAUGUGAACAUGUUGACUUCUUCUCAGCCAAGAAACUCUGCUAAAGUGACAUUUUUGAAAAGGCCAAGGAGACAGAUUGGUGGAUAUGAACAGGAAGAUUAUGAGUAUAACUAUGAGGGACGAACAACAACUGUGCCUGGAUUUAUAGAAUGGGGACCAACUGGGGAUGAGGUGACAAGCACAGGGCCAGAGGAGGUACAACACAAAAACAGAGGCUUUCCAAAGUCCACCAGAUCAACAACAACAACUACACCUGUAGUGACUACAACUACCCCAGCCCUAAUUAAAGGGUCUAGGUCAUCCACAACAAAAAACCCUUCCGUAAUCACUAUUUAUCCUGGAAAAAGCACAACAAAAUCAAGUAAUACCUGGAGCCUUGGUGAGACUGCCCGUCCACCCAAAAUAAUUGGAGAUACAGCAGGUUUGGCAGUACACCAGAUAAUAACUAUCACAGUUUCUCUUAUCAUGGUCAUCGCUGCCUUGAUAACUACACUUGUGCUCAAGAACUGCUGUGCACAAACAGCAAAUGGGAGGCACAAUGGUCAUCAACGCAAGAUUAACCAACAAGAAGAGAGCUGCCAAAACCUGACUGACUUUACACCGGCACGUGUUCCCAGCAACAUGGACAUAUUCACAGCCUACAAUGAGAGUUUGCAGUGCUCACACGAGUGUGUUCGGACACCAGUUCCUGUAUACACAGAUGAAAUGCUACAACAGACGCCCAUGUACAAAACUGCAUUUAAUGGAAAUAGACCCUCACCUACUGAACGGCAGCUUAUCCCGGUCGCCUUUGUGUCUGAGAAAUGGUUUGAAAUCUCCUGCUGACUGGCCGAAGUCCCUUUGCCUCCUGCUGGUGGGGCAGACUCCAUAGGUUUGUUUUCUGGAUCCCUUUGGUGAAUCUAUAAAAAAUCACAUGGAAGAAAACAACAUAUUUCUUUAUUUUAUACAACUGUGAAACUAGAAACUGUUUAAAUGGACAGAUUUAUUUUUUUAAAAAAAGACAAAAGGAAAAAAUGAUACUUAUUCUUAUUUUAAAUAAGCAAAAUGUGGCAUAUGCUGAUUGGAAAUGUGUAUGUGUGUGUAUGUGUGUCUGCAUUUGUAUGUAUGUAUAUAUCAAAGAUGCAAAAGUAGUAGAGGAGACUAUUUAAAUAUAAGGGCCUCUCUCUUGAAGAAUAUAAGAUAUCUGAAGAACCCAGAGGAGAUAAAACUGGAUUGUGAUUUUGAAAAUUAUUUUAUGAUAUGCCAAUAAAGCCAUUUUGUGCCACUAAUUGAACUUAAAGGACAUAUCUAGGAUUUCAAAGACGACUGAAGCCAAGGGACUGAGGUAUAUUUUAUUUUCAGUUAACAAAUAUUCUAUUUGUUUUAGUUAAUAAAUAAUUAAUGGUGGAUUAUUUUAAUGAAAAUAUAUGUUUGUUAUUAUUGGACUGUGUCCAAAUUUCUCCAAAAAUAUUGUCAGUAAGCACUUUAUUGAAGGAAAGGCAUGAGUAGACUCAAAUACAAAUUCAAACAUGAUUUUCCACCUUACAAGGAUGUGUAUUUAUAGUAUUAGUUUUUAUGGUUUUGAUAUAUUUGUCAUAAAAUGAAAGUAGUACCUUAUUACCCUUCAAAAAUGAUUAUUCACUUAUUCAUAACAGUACACAUACACACACCCAUAAAAGGAUUAUAAAGAGGGUAACACCAACAUGUUGGCAAUGGUCACCCUAUUCAUUAACUUGACACAAUUAUAAAACCUUUUAGGCUUCACUCUGUCUCUUUUGAUUGGAAUUUUACAUCUAUAAUCAAACUCCAAAUAAUCUAUAUGAUGAGUUUUAUUAAUGGCAUAGGAAAAAGACAUUGCAUUGAAUUCAGGGAGGCACCUAUAUACUGUUGCAUCCUGAAAUGCCCAACCACAUUUUUUUUACACCAGCAGUAUUAUCUACAACCUGGGGAGUAUGUUAUUGAAUAUACUGUAUAUCCAUCCAUCCAUUUUCCAACCCGCUGAAUCCGAACACAGGGUCACAGGGGUCUGCUGGAGCCAAUCCCAGCCAACACAGGGCACAAGGCAGGAACCAAUCCCGGGCAGGGUGCCAACCCACCGCAGGACACACACAAACACACCCACACACCAAGCACACACUAGGGCCAAUUUAGAAUCACCAAUCCACCUAACCAGCAUGUCUUUGGACUGUGGGAGGAAACCGGAGCGCCCGGAGGAAACCCACGCAGACACAGGGAGAACAUGCAAACUCCACGCAGGGAGGACCCGGGAAGCGAACCCGGGUCUCCUAACUGCGAGGCAGCAGUGCUACCACUGCGCCACCGUGCCACCCCUAUACUGUAUAUGUUCUGAACAAAUCAGUGAUCAACUUAUCUGGAGAAGCUAAGCAGUGCAGCACACACACCACCCCUAGCAACCACAGGGGUUCAGCCUGCACAGCUUCUGCUAAAAUAGCUUUGCAGUUCUCAUCUCCAUGCAUCCCAGCAUGACCCUCCAUACAAGGCAAUCUAUGAUUGUUCACUAAAGGCAAGGUGAUCAAGAGUAGUAGAAAAGUGUAUAUUAUAAGAAUAACUGGAAAAUAAAUACAGCAGAAGUAAAAACUUUACAAGCUUAAAACAUUAUGUUUUUCUGUUUAGUGUUAUAAAUAUAAAUAUAUAAGUACAGUACAGUACAGUAUUCUGCUGCCUCACAUUCAUUAGGUCCUGGUUAACCUUCAAUUAUCGUGAAUUCUGUGUAUAUUUAGAACGUUGUGUAGAUUUUCAUUAGGAGAUGUAUCUUUUUCCCACAGUCCUAAAACUUGCUGUGGUGACUCCAACCUGGAUCAAUGUGAAUGAAUAUGAAUAUGUCCUGUUUGUGCCACACAAUUUACUGUGGUAUGCUAAUUUUGGUUGAAUAUAUAAAAAAACAAAUGUAUAUUAGGAUUGAUUUUUUUGCAAGGGUUCUUGAAAAAUGUUAUAUUUUCUUUCAUUUUUUUAUGUUCUGGACAUUUCAAAUUCAGUACUUUUCAAUAUAAUCCCCCUUUAUAUUAUACUUAUUCCUGUGGUUUAGCAUCUUCUUAUUCUUAUUUUCAAAAAACAAUUAUGUAGCACUUCUUUUAUCUCAUCAUCUUCUAUAAAUCAGCAACAUCCCAGUGUAUACCUGAAGUGUCUAAACAGAUUAAAUUAGAAGGUGCCAAUUCAAGAUUUCAUUAUUUAAAGAUGUUCUUGGAUACAAUGCCAUGUAGGAACAUGCAAUGUCAGGCAACAAAAAAUGCUAUCUGAAAGUUUUUCACUUUGUUUGAAUAGCUGCCACCCUUUAGCACCAUCUGUGUAUAUAAAUUGCAUAGUAUUUAUUUCUCUGUUCUUCUUGGGUUCUUCGAUAUUAGACACAUCAACAUCUUCACUAUUCAGUAGUAAUUUAUGCACUGUCACCACUGGCAACAGCAGCAGUGUAAUAAACUACAAGCGUAAGAAUUACAGUAUUUUCUUUAUCAUACAAAAAUGGCCUAGAAACCAAAAGUGUAGAAAAAGAUGAUAAACAGACAAGCAUUUUGACCUUUGCAAGGUCAGGAUAAUCAUAUAUAAUUUUUAUAGCUGGACAAAUUAAUUAU